GACUAAAGUAGGGCACUUGUUGAUAAAAAGGCAAACGAAGUGACUGUAGCGUAAGUUGUUAUUAUUUCUUCUGCAUAUACCUCCAACAUCAAAAUGGAAUAUAUACCAAAAGGAAAUUAAUACAUCAGAGAUUGACUAUGGCGAAAAGAUCUGACUUUGAAUCAAAGUGGAAUGAGAAAUUCCCAGAUUUUGAACCACCAAAUUUGAGUGUUUUUGAACAAAAUUCUGAAGUCAAAAACUUUUUGGAUGUAACAAGAGCAAAGGUGGAAGAGCUUCGUGGAGAGUUAGAAAGGGAGCUAUUUAUUCUGAAUCAUGUAGAGAGUAUAUACAAAACUAAAUCUACAAAUCAACGGUCUUCAAAAAUUGUUGAGGAGGAGGCCGAAGGGAGAGGGGAUUUCUCGGUUGUUGAAUUUCAAAGAGAUAAGAAAACAAAAACAACUCAAUCAGGAAGUAAAAAACCUCUGAAAAGAUCAGCCCAUACUUAUGAAAAUGUUGAUCAAGUUGACUCAAAAAAUAUGGGUCAAAGACAACAACAGAAAGAUGAUUCACAAAGUGUUACACCCAGUCAGGUCAUCCAAGAAGUCUAUGAACCAGUUAGUCCAAAAACGGCUGAAAUUCAAGAAAGAGUAUCCUACACUCUUGAAAAACAAGCAAAUAGUCCUGGUCCAAAUAUUAGUCCUAGUUUGAAAAGUCCUGAAAACAAAAAAGAUGUUGAAUGUUCAAGUCCUACUGUUGUGAGACGUAGACUUCCAGCCAUACCCCCGCAAACAGCCCCAAAGCCUAAAAUCAAUAAAAAAGCUCGAGAAUCUCUUGGGGUGUUUUUUCCUUCUACUAAGCCCAAAGAAAAUGAUGAAAGUCCUUACUCUAGCAUUGUAAUCAACUCAGAGCAGACACCAGAACUUGCCCAAAAUAAAGAAAACACUCCCAAAUGUAGCAAUGAUGGCCUAAAACCCCCUGCAUCUGAAAGUAGUACAUGUAAAAGGCACUCAGAGAGAACAUCUAAUGCAUUGGGCCGCUUAGAUCAACUUAUAGCAGGUCAGGAAUACUCCCAAGUCCACAAAACCACUGAGGGAAAAGAUAAACAUGUUAUGAAAAUUAACGAGCCUGAUAUCAAAAUUGAAAAUGAUGAUGAUGACAUACCAACUGUGCCUGUUAAAAGUCCUGGGCUGCAGGAUGAUAUAAAAAAUGCCAACAUUGAAAUGCUUAACAAUUCCUUGUAUUCAGAUGAUAGUGAGUUCAGCCUGAGUCCUGUUUCCCCUGAAAAUUUGCAGCAUCAGCCACAGAAUACUGGCAAAGAUACAGAUCCCUAUUAUAGUGCAGUAUGUACGGAUGAUGAUACCAUUCUCGUUGACACUCUCAAGGAGAGUGAUUCUGGGAGUCUGUUAUAUGCUUCGGUUGUGAAUGAAAACACUGAUGACACGGAUGAAAUAAUCACGUCAAUUGAUAAUAUAGGAGAGGAUGAUUCUGGGAUGGAAAAUAUAUAUGAUACAAUUGAUGAAAAUAUUAUCACCAAGAGAUUAUCCUGUCACUAUGGUAGUAAUGAUAAACUAGAUCUUCCUAUGACAACGCAUCAGAGGUUGAGUGAAAGUUUGGAAAGUGAUUUAGAUGAUGAUGAAAGACUGGAUUCCAUUGACUCAACAACAGCGAGAAUCAGCCAAAUUUCUGAAAAUUCUGUCUUCCAUUUUGACUCUCCACAAAGUUCGCCGGGCACUAUCAGGAAGUCAAUAGAUGGCACUGAAUGCAUACCUGAAGAUUCAGAGACAAAUGGCGAUGUGGAGUGGUCUGAGGCAGACUUAGAGAAAUUGCGGAUGCGUAAAUGGGUUGUGACGGGAAUUUUAGACAGUGAGAACAUCUACAUCGACUGUCUUAGUAUUUUGGACCAGUACAUGAAGAACCUUGAAGCAGCAGCAAGGACUACAAAGCCUAUGAUCUCUGAAGAAGAAAUUAGCAUAAUCUUCCACAAGAUCCCAGAACUCUUCAAAAGUCAUAAGGCAUUUGUUGAAGAUUUAGAACCAAGAGUAGAAAACUGGUCUGACUCUCAGAAAGUUGGUGAAGUUUUCAAAGUUGCGGCUGUCUACCUAAAGCAGGUCUAUGGUGAUUACCUGAAGAAUUACCAGAAAGCCUUAUCAACCAUGAAGAAAUGCUGCCAAGAAAACCAGGAAUUUCAAAAUCUUAUCAAGGAAAUCAAAUUGAAAGGAGUAGCAGAAUCAGCUAGCCUAGAAGAACUCUUACACAAACCUGUUGUUAGGGUACAGCGGAAUACAUUAGUGCUUCAUGAUCUGAUAAGGUGUACACCAACCAAUCAUCCAGAUCAUAUGGUGCUACAAAAGGCGUUAAAAUUGACACAAUAUUUCUUGGAGAAUUUAGAGGAUCCUAUGGAGUUGGAAAAGAAUGAUGCAGUCAGUUACCUGGUGAAAGACAGUUUUAUCGUUGAGCAAACUCAAGGUCAUCGCAAGUUGCGUCACGUCUUCUUGUUUAAUGAUGUCAUCGUUUGUACCAAACAGAAGUCUACAGGAGGGAAAAAGUACAAUGCAGAUUGUAAGUGGUACAUUGCCCUAUCUGAAGUGACAGUAUUGGAGAACAAGACUGAUGAGGUCAUAGAGAAGUUGCCUAGCGACUCUAAGAAAACAGACAUAGAGACACUCAAAGCCAAUGUAAGCCAACUUAAGAAAGAACUGCGGAGGGAAGCUCGACGACAUAAUGGAUCUGAGAAAGACAGAAGCAGUCCAAGGUCAUGGUCAUUUAGCACUAAGGGCAACAUUCGCAAUAUUGAAAAGAUCCGUAAGAAACUUGCAGAACAAGAGGCCAUGCUAGUGCUAAUGUCACCCAAUCUGAUGUUUAAACUGCACCACAAGGCCCAGGAUAAGACUUAUACAUUCCUUAUGUCUUCUAACUAUGAACGAGAUGAAUGGAAGGAGUCAAUAAAGGCAUUACAAGCAAAAGUCCACACUACCCCCAAAUUCACCUCGUAUGAACUGCAAACAUUGGUGAACUCCAUAAGUAAGGUGCCAAAGAUCAAUAAUGCUGGCUCAUUUCUCAUGAAAGAUGCCAACAUGGAUGAAGAACUUCUGAGUGGAGUCUUGAACAUAACGAUACAUUCCCUGCAUGGCCUAAAAGAACCAUGUGAUACAUAUUGCUGUAUUGAGGUAGAUUCAUUUGGACAUUUUUUCAUGCAAGCCAAGACCAACAUGUUCUAUAAGACAACAGAACCGGCGUGGAAUGAGGAAUAUUGUGUUGAUUUGGAUGGAGCCCAGACAUUGCGAGUCAUGGCUUAUAAACAGGAAGGGGAGGAGCAGAUAUUGCUGGGCAAGAUUGCAAUGGAGCUGGGAAAAGCCUGGUUGAGAGGAGACUUUGUUGAGAAAACUAUGGCGAUGAGUACAGAUCUAUCCAUGACGAUAACCCUACGAUACACCCCAAGUACACAGACCAUAAAAAGGGUAGCAUCCAGAGUAAAAACUGGGGUCUUUGGUGUAAAGAUACAAACAGUUACAAAGAGAGAGAACAACAAUAUUCCAGCUAUUGUUCUGUCAUGCGUACAGGAAGUGGAGAAAAGUGGACUUAAGGAACUAGGGAUAUAUCGAGUUUCGGGAUCCUCAUCUGACGUUCAGCAGUUAAAGAAAGCUUUUGAUAGAAACAGUAAAGGAGCAGCAAAACUUGUGACUGAAUUUGAUAUCAAUGCGAUAACAGGGGUCCUCAAAUUGUACUUCAGGGAGCUCCCAGAGGCUCUCUUUACCGAUAAACUAUAUCCAAGCUUAGUGAAAGGCAUGGAAUUAGCAGAUCCUGCCGCGAAAAGGGAAUGCAUGGUGACCUUGCUAAGGUCACUACCAGAGCCUAACUUUGCCACAGCUGUAUAUAUGAUAGAUCAUUUAGUCAUGGUAUCAAAAUUAGCUUCAGUGAACAAAAUGUCUCUGCAGAACUUAGCGACCAUAUUUGGGCCUACGUUACUUCGUCCUGCAUCUGAGCCUCAGAAAGAUGAAGGUGGAGAUGAAUCGUCAAAUAUUAUUCUUCAAUUGACGCGUGAGGCCAAAGACAGUAUGAUACAAACUGCAAUUCUAAUGUACUAUCUCUGGAUUCGCAAUGAAGGUGUUUCAUUUGAUGCUCCCAAAACACCAACUGUGGAAUCAACAAUGAUUUGA